GUGAACUCAGCUGCAGUGAAGAUGGCGAGAGGUUCCCGGUGUUUGAGAAGAGCGGUAGCGGAAUGUAUUAAACACUUACCGUUUACGGCUAGUCGAGAAACACCGGGAAGGAAUGGAGUCAGAUACCUGUCAUCUUGUGGGAUUCUGAUGACCAGGGUGCCUCCACUCUUGAGAACCGUAUCCAGUCAUGCUGCACUCACUCCAGCCAGAAGCUUCUUCAACCUUGCCGAUUCCUUUAACAAGAAAAAAGAGUAUUCUGAGAGGCGCAUCAUUGGGUACUCCAUGCAGGAGAUGUAUGAAGUAGUUGCUAAGGUUGAGGACUAUGUUCAUUUCGUGCCCUGGUGCAAGCGCUCAGAUGUGGUGUUCAGACGCUCCGGGUUCUGUAAAGCCAAGCUAUCUGUGGGGUUUCCUCCUGUGUUGGAACACUACACGUCACUAGUUACAACAGUGCGCCCACAUCUGGUAAAGGCCUCAUGCUCAGACGGUAAACUCUUCAAUCACCUGGAGACAACGUGGCGGUUCAGUCCUGGUCUUCCUGGCUACCCUCGUACAUGCACCCUGGACUUUGCUAUAUCUUUUGAAUUCCGCUCCCUACUGCAUUCUCAGCUGGCCACAGUGUUCUUUGAUGAAGUGGUGAAGCAGAUGGUGUCAGCAUUCGAACGGAGGGCAGGCACACUGUACGGGCCAGAGACACAGAUCCCACGGGAGCUGAUGUUCCAUGAGGUCCACCACACGUAGCACCCUUUCACAAUAAGGGGCUGGCAGUGCGGAAAGGGAAUCAUGAAAGGGGUUGCUUCUGUAGAUACAGUGCCUGGUCCAAACAAAACAUUUGGCUUUAUAUUUUAUCUUAGGUUAUUUCUUUUGCGGCUGGAAUGAUCUUUUUCAGGGCUUGACUGUGUUUGGUGAGCCCUGCCUAUCUGCCUCAUUUAUACUCCAUCUAUUAAUGUUGUGAAAGUGCUGUUGAGCUAUACUGUUUAAUACCAGUUGGAAUAUGUGAAUAGUCUGUCAAAACCCGGUGAACAGAGGAUGGACCUGGGAAUCAUUUUUUUGACACAUUAGGAUUCCUGUUGCAAUUAGUCAGGCUUAUUUUUCUGAAGCUGCUAAAGUGAUGUCUGGAUGACCAUGUAAAUAUUUGGUGUGUGUUUGUUCGUAAAUAAACACACACAAACAGUUUGAGUGGAGAAUGCUGGAUGGUCCAGUAAAGGUGGUGUUUUCACCUCACCUGUAAACACCACCUGUUUUUUAACAGCUCAGUAUGUUCAUAAUUGUUUUAAAGAGACCUGCACGGCUAGCGUAGAGAGGGCAAGAUGUAUAUACAUGUUAAAUGAGUAGCCUGACCUGUCCAAUAAAGGCUGCAUGUAAAACCAGCAAACAAGCAGAAAUCCCUCUAUAUCACCGCUAGUAGCUUUCAUUUGCACAAGUGCUCUGAAAAACUGAAAACAAGACACUUAUGCUCAGUCUAAGAAAGGUGCAUUGAGUUUGCUAUACCUUCUCUAAUUGCUGUCUGUUCAUUGAUAAACACGUAAAGGACAUCCUACAGCGAUUUCAGUUGGCAUCCAAAUCAUUUAAACAAUGUGUUUUAUUAUGUUGGCGUGCAAUAUAUUUGUAAAGAUAGAUUUUAACACCAGUCCUCCUGGGUAGCAGAAGCUUCUGAAUGGCUUAAGCUUUGUCUGAAAGAAAAAUUCACUUUUUUUUUUCUUUUUAAAGACUGCCACCUUAGACCUUAAGGAUUCCAGUGCACCGCACAAGCCUGUGUGCCUUUUAAACUAGCACAUGACAUAUUAUUUAUCAUUACCUUCAAAAAUAUAUUCGUUGACUAUGUACAAGAUAUUUAUUUUGGCUAUGGGAAAACCACAUGUACAGAACUAAUGUUAGAACACAGACUAAUCUACAUUGUACAAUAUAGAACUCUUUUUUUUUUUUUCAGUAGGAUUCUAUUUUAAUAGUAUUGAUUGGGGUGUUUAAUGAGUGUUGUGGUGAGUAUAUAUCCUGCCUGCAUGGUUUAUAAACUUAUUUUAUAUUUAAAA